GGUCAGAAUCCCGAUACCGGCCAACUCUAGUACAUAGAUACUUGACUUUAUUUGGGCCUCUGAGGCUUUACAUAUCCAUUUUUUGAAAUAUACAAUUGACUCUCUGACUAAUAUCUCUCUCUUAAAUGACCCUCGAUCACGCAUCUCUUGAGUCCUUUCGGUUCUUCUGUCCCUUCGAGUUCCUUCCCGCAUUAAAUCGAGAGUUGAUAUGUAUUAGCUGUACAUUUGGAUAUUUAAAUCAUCCAAAUCAGCACUUAUUAACCUUCAAUUUUGCACAAUUAUUCUCACGAGUGUUAUCUAUCAUUAUGGUCAUUUUUAGAAUUUUUACUUGAAAUUUUUUUAUUUUUCUCUUAUUUUUAAAUUUUGCGCGCUGCUUACAACUUAUUAACAAAAUUUAUUAAAUUAAAAAUUAUUAGUAAAUUUGAAAUUAAAUUAAAAUGGCUUCAAGAAUGGAAAAGGGUGCUUCACAGCAAACAUCGCUUCUAGAUGUUCUUAAAAAGAAAAUGCGUCAGGCUCGGGAGGAGGCGGAGCAAGCAAAAGAUGAGGCUGAUGAGGUUAAGAGACAAUUGGAGCAGGAGAGAAAGAAACGUGAAGAUGCGGAAGCAGAGGUGGCUGCUCUCAACCGCCGCAUCGUCCUCGUUGAGGAAGACCUCGAGCGUACCGAUGACCGUUUAAAAGUUGCUACACAGAAGUUGGAUGAAGCGUCGAAAGCUGCUGAUGAGGCUGAGCGGUUAAAUAAUUUUUUUUUAUUUAAGAAAUUAAAAUACGCCAAAAAAUAUUGCGAUGCGACUAGCGAAUAUCUCUCAAUUAAGCGCUAA